AUGGAUCCUUCUCUUCUAAUAGUCCAGACGAAUCAAUCAUCCAUCGAAAGUGAUGCCGCAGUCCAAAGAGAAAUUAACAACGCUCAAACUCCGAGUAAUUACACCGAUCGAGAGUCGACCAGCCUUUUCCUUUUCGAGGAUCUGAUGAACAGAAGAUGGGAAUCAUACGAUUCGGACAGGGUUUUUAGGAGAAUCCUAGAAGAAAUCGAUCAACAAAAUUAUCCAGCAGAGACAAUCCUGACAACCGAUGUAAUCGACGACAUCACCAAUCUGGCGAUCGACCAAGAUAUCGAAUAUCUGAGAGAUGGAUCGAACGUUGAUUGGACGAGGGUGAAUGUAAAUGCCCUGUCCCUUGAGAUAUGGGGUUAUGUAGAGCACCGUGUUUCCCAUUAUAUGGAGUAUUUACUGGAUGAAGUGGCUUUAAUAGGCGAACAUCCUCGCCAGAAUUGUAAUAACGAUGGUUUGUCCGAUGAAAUUAUUGACGUAUAUCUGAAGAAAAGGAAUAUUACGGGCGCAGCGCCAGACGAGAUGUGCAUUGUGUGUCGGGAUGAUCUUCGGGAAGAAGUCGAGACUAAGGAGAUUGCUGGGCUGGAAUGCGGACACGUGUAUCAUCUCGAUUGCAUAAAGAAGUGGUUUCGACUCAACGAUACUUGCCCGUACUGCAGAGCUAUCUGUGGCAUUAAUAAAGUCUAG